ACAAAAAGGACACUACCCCGUCCAGCUCUGUGGAUCUAUUAUAAAAUUACAUCCAUGACUUAUUCAAACUCUACUGAGCAACAUUAAACUUUUUGAAUAUAAAACAUUUUAUAGACGUGUUUAAAGUUGUCUACCAGCAGAUAAUAUGCAUUUUCGUAGCCCGUAGCUAAUGGGGACAGCAAGGACACUUCGUAAUGUCGAUUUUUGAUUCAAACUGCGAAAAUGACAAAUCAGGAGUUGCGGACUUUAGCGUACAGCAGGAGUCCAAAAACAUCAACAAGAACUAAAUUUCAGGAUGAACUUCAAGCAGCCGUUUCUGCCCGGGCAAGCAGAGUCAUAAUGGAUAAAUAUUCUGAUGACUUCGAUGAGGAGGAGGAUGAUUUUUUGAAUGAACUUCUUAAUUCAAGAAAAAAGAAGGCAGAUGCAUUCAAGGCAAGAAAACUCAAAACUGUCAACUUUGAGUUUUCUGAUGACGAGGACAAACCUGUAACAACAAAAAGAGUUUCAUUUCUAAAAUCUCAAAGAAUCUCUCCAGAAGGCAACCUCACAGAUGAGAAGAAUAAAGAUGUACCUCACAGCUCUCUCGAUGGUAGCGGAAAUCGUAGUUCUGUUUCCCCAAACCAACUCGCAGACAGUGAUCAGACCUCUGAAAAAAGAAGUGAUAUGGAGUCAGCUCAUUCUCAGGAUACGCCAGAAAACACCAGAUCUGCUUCACCUCUGUCAGGGGAUGCUACACAGGAGAUGCCUUCACUGUCACCAUCUGGUAUCUGUGAAGACACUACAAUACAGACUGCAGGCCCAAAAAAGGAUCUGCCCACACCCAAACCAAGGCAAAGGGCAAUGCCAGUGACUAAUGAACCACAAGACCAGCAGUGCAAUGAGCCAACGAAUCAACACAGCACGUCCAGUUGCAGUCCAAAUCUUUCUGAAGAAACCCAUGCAGCUCUUAGUAGCAGAAGUCAGUCCUUGUCAAGUGCAGGAGAACAUUCAGCGCUCACAAAGUCUACACUGGAUUCAGGAUCUAAAAAUGGUUAUAAUUCACAAGAUGGUGACGGUGACAGUCAUUGUCUUUCAUUUGAAGAACUUGCCAUAAGUCAACCACUCCCUUCAUCGGGAGACUCAGGGGAUCAGGCAGAUUGUCCUACCAAUAAUUCCACUGAAAUCUCUGAAAACCUGCGUGAUACUCUAUCAUCAGCUUCCCAUGCUAAAGCCUCUCGGGGUGGGAGUGCGAAGAGGACGGUGGAGUCUAAGUACCUGGGGUCCCUCCGAGUUCUGGAUCGUACUUUUUCUCUCCACGACUCUGAACCACAAGCAGAUUCACUACGAGCUGCUGUUUAUCAGGAAUGGGUUAAAAAGAAAAGAGGGAGUUUGAAAGAAAGUAUAGAAAGGAAGAAGGAAGAGGAGAGGAUAAAAGACAAAAAGAAAAAGGAACAAGAAGCUAAAAAGGAAGAUGCUUUGGCCUCCUAUGAAGCCUGGAAGGAAAAGAAAUUAGAAAGUCUCAAAGUAAAAACCAAAGAGCAACAAGAACAGAUGAGAAAGGAGCAAAGGGCACGAGAAGAGAAAGAGGAAAAACGGCAGACAUCCAAACAGGUAUUUGAAAAGUGGAAACAGGAGCAUGAUCUUCUCCUCAAAGAAAAACACAGAAAAGCAAAAAGAGAUGAAACUGAACAAAAAUUACAAAAACAAGAAAAAGAGGAGGAAAGAAAAGAAGCCAAUCAUUCUGCCUUUACACAGUGGAACGAGAAAAAGAAAGACAUCCUUCAUGAAAGAGCUGCUGUAAAACGUAAAGAACUCAAAGAUACCACCAAAGCUGAACACAGUUUAAAAGAAGAGAAAGAUAAAAUGGCUUUAGACAUGUAUGAGAGUUGGUUGGCAAAGAAGAAUCUAGAAAAGAAAAGACACAAAGAAGAAAAGUGGUUUCAAGGAAUUCUUCAUGAUGGACAUACCCCUCCUCCAUGGAGCCCUCCAAACAAAACAAUACCACGUGGAAAAUAACAAAUUAUUUUUUAUGCUCUGAUAUUUUUGAAUAUAUAUUUAAGGUUUUAUAUUUUUUAUUAAAAAGGAAUAUUUGAUAUACUUGGACUGCAGAAGAAAAAAAUUGUGAUAAUGGAGUGCUGUACUGGAUCAAAACUUACAAACGCAGGGGGCUUGAAUUCUUGUAGAGAAGAAAGAGGAUGGUAGAGGCACUAAAUACUUGUGUGUCAGUGGUGGAACGAUGAAGUAAAAGUAGUAAAGUACUUACUCAUUUAAUACUUUAAAUGCAUUUUAGAUAUUUGUAAAUUUUAAAGUGGAUACUUUCUACUCCACUACAUUUUUGAACUGGACUGAAAAAUAAAAUAAUUUUUA